GACUUGCUCCUGUAGUGUUAGUUCAACUUUUCAGGCCUGUUCAACCUCCUAAAAUUCCGUUGUCGGAUGAGGGACGUAUCAACCAUCACGCCAGACAGUUACAAAGAAGAUAACAGGUGAUGACCAUUUGCCAGUGCCAAACGAUCCUUAUGAAAACCUCAGUUUUUCACACGCAACCUUUGUCCACGCAAUUCAUUCCCUGAUCAUGUUCUGCUCCACUUCUCUCUCACCAACCAUUACCUUGCCAACUACCAUAACAGCCACUUCGAAUCCCAGGACCGUCAAACCUGGCAAGCCCUUCAAUUUAACCCUCAGAUCUCUCUGCAGAUCGGGCAGACUAGAAGAGGCUGUCCGCUUGAUCGAAUCAGCACCUUCCAAAUUCGUCGAUCCCCAGUCCUAUUCCCUCGUCCUCCAUAGUUGCAUCUCCUGUAAAUCCUUAGAACUUGGCCAGAGACUGUAUCUACAAUUAUUACUACGUAGGGAUAGAGGCAAUGAUAAUCUACUGGAUGAUCAGACCGUGAGAGCCAAGCUUGUUACCCUUUACUCGGUCUGUGGCCAAGUCGAUCAGGCGCGGCAAAUAUUCGAAGAUGGCCUUGACAAUGGACUUGUCUCUGAAUCCAUGUGGGUGGCUAUGGCCGUUGGGUACUCCAAAAAUGGGUGCUCCAAAGAGGCCUUGCUCCUGUACCGUGACAUGUUGUUGCAGUGCGUUGUGCCAAGCAAGUUUGCCUUGUCAAUGGCCUUAAAGGCAAGUGCAGAUUUGACGGAUUUAUGGGUUGGUAAAGCAGUGCAUGCCCAGGUGGUGAAGUCUGGUGAAGACCCAGAUCAAGCUGUUUACAAUGCUCUUCUGAACUUAUAUGGAGAGUGUGGGUCUUUGGAGGAAGCAUUAAGGGUGUUUGAGAAAAUGCCUGAGAAGAAUGUAAUUUCUUGGAACUCGUUGAUUGCUGCUUUCGUUGAGCAAAAUCAGGUGACUGAAGCAUUGAGCAUUCUCAGAAGAAUGCAGAGGGGCGGAAUAUUGUUCAGUUGGGUCACGUUGACAACAAUCUUAGGAGCUUGUGCAGCGGCAACGGCACUUCAUAGCGGGAAGGAAGUACAUGCGCAGAUUGUGAAAUCAAAAGCAAGACCAGACAUUUUGGUACUUAAUUCGCUCAUGGAUAUGUAUGCUAAGUGUGGCAUCACGGAUUAUUGCAAGAAAGUGUUCGAUCAAAUGCAGGCAAAGGAUUUAACGACUUGGAACACAUUGCUGAAUAGUUAUGCAGUAAAUGGAUCUAUGGAUGAAACAGUCAAGCUAUUUGAUGCAAUGACCAAGUCCGGUAUCAGGCCAGAUGCGGUCACUUUCGUCACUCUAUUGUCUGGUUGCAGCCACACCGGGCUUACUGAUGAGGGAAGGAAACUCUUUGAUCAAAUGGAGGAUUUCAAGAUCUCGCUAACUUCAGAGCAUUACGCUUGCCUGGUGGAUAUGUUAGGAAGAGCCGGAAAAAUUGAGGAGGCACUGAAAGUUGCAGAAAAUAUGCCGAUGAAGCCAAGUGGCAGCGUCUGGGGGUCUAUUCUCAACUCCUGUCGACUCCAUGGAAAUGUGGCCAUUGCAGAGAAGAUAGCAGGCCAUCUCUUUGAGCUUGAACCGAACAAUUCUGGGAACUAUGUGAUCCUUUCCAACAUUUACGCAAAUGCAGGAAUGUGGGACCAUGUUGAAGUGGUUAGAAAGUUGAUGGAAGAGAGAGGGAUAAAGAAGGAGGCUGGCUGCAGUUGGAUACAAAUAAAGAACAGAAUACAUACUUUCGUAGCUGGAGGGCAUGUUGAUUUCCAGAACUCUUCAGAAUAUAGAAACUUAUGGAGUGAUCUGAUGGAAGCUAUGGAAGAAGUGGGAUACGUGCCUGAUACUAGAGCAGUUCUUCACAAUGUGAAUGAAGACAUGAAGACAUUGUGGGUCUGUGGGCAUAGCGAGAGACUGGCGACUACGUUUGCUCUCAUUCACACAGGCGCUGGGACACCAAUAAGGAUUACAAAGAAUCUUCGUGUUUGUGUGGAUUGUCAUUCUUGGAUGAAGUUUGUGUCGAGAGUUACGAGCCGAGUAAUUACAUUGAGAGAUACGAAUCGGUUUCACCAUUUCAAAGGAGGUACAUGCUCUUGUAAGGAUUAUUGGUAGUUUUGUAGAAGUACAUUAUUGAGCAAGCAUAUGAAACUGCAUUGAAAAAAAGAAAUGAAAAACUUUCAAUUGAACGUGAAUAUGUGCUAAUUGCCUUAAA